UUACAGCGUAUUGUGGCACUGAAUCAUUGUCGUGUAAAUAAUAAAAGAAAAAUAAUUGCAACAUCUAAAUAUUUCUGAUAUCACCUCGAAUUCGUGCAACAUGAGAUGGUAUUUAGGUGUUUUAAACUGUGUUUGAACAUUUUUUUCUGUUUUGUAAAUUGCAAAAUAAAUUGUGAAAAAUGAUUGAAAGCUGCCCUAAAAAACGUAUGGUGUUCGCAAUAACUUUACUAACAAUAGCCACAAUAAUUGUAUUAAUCGUUGAAUCACAUUGGACUGAGUCGUCACCACGUCGUAAAUUUGUCAUUGAAAACAAUUCAACGUGUUAUUUACGCGAAGAAUUCGAAAUUAUUCGAGAUUGUCAUCCGUGCACAGAUUUCGAAAUAGCCAGCAAGAGUCAGGGAGUUUGUGUGCAUACUCAUAACAAAGAAGUGUUGCGGUGUAAGAGUGGUGAAACUGUCUCUAGAAGUUGUGACAAGGUUGCUUGGGUUGACGAGCGAAAUUUCUGGACAUUUGAAGGAAUUUUACUGGUUGUGUCGGCACUAUCAACAUCUGUAACAUUUCUACGGCAACGAUCGUUGGACCGAAAGGUUAUGCUCAAAGUGCAACGACAGCUUGAGCAAUCGGUGUGAAGAACUGCGUAGUUUUUAAGACGAAAAAUGUUUCACAAAUUAUAUUUGGAAGCAUUCACAGAUUUAUGUGAUGAAAGUGAGGAUAGGAUAGUUGUAACAUUAGAAACUUUAAUUGUACUAUUUGUACUGGAAUGUGUCGAGCGGCCGUCGAAUAUACAAGUGUACCUGGUUUCAUCCGGUGGCAGUCGAUCAACUGAUGCAGCCGUUGAAAUUAGCAAAAAAUCGGUUCAGUUUACAAUUUUACCGGCGGCCACAUAUGCUUCAGAAGAGGCUAGCAACUGUAGUUUUCCGGUGAUUGUCAGUGAGAAUGUGACUAUAGCGGGAUUGUGCAGUGUUUGCCGAGCAAUCGCAAAAUAUGCCGAUGAGAAACUUAAAUAUUUGCUUGGAUUUAAAGAGACCUGUCUACAUUCGCCGUCCGAAGCAUCACCAUGGACGAAAUUUUGCGAAAUCGAUAUUGUCACUUGCACCAAGUCAGUGUUGAAAUUCCACAAACAAAUCAAUUCAGAGGAUUUUACACUGCCGAUAGAGUUGGGAUACCUUGAAAGCCAUUUGCGACAGCCAGUCAAAGCACAUAAUAUGUGCAAAUUGACUUUGGACUUUGCAAAAGGGCUUAAGAUCAACAAUUCUCAGCCUAUGGACAAUCCGACAGUUUCGAAUGAUUUAAAUGGAAUAGAUUCCGAUGGGGCAAAUAAAAUAAAUCAAAAGCAGCGAAAACCGAGCAACAAGAAAAUUAUGGUCAAGAAUAUCAGUGUAGAACACACAUUCGUUGAGGGCCCUCAAAUAUCAAUCGCAGAUCUUAUUCUAUUUCCAUUUAUUUGGCUUAUGCAGGCAAUUCUAGAGAAAACGGCCACUGAAAGUCUCGAACAGAAGCUACCACUCACAUACAAAUGGAUCGACGUAGUAAAAAAUCAUCCGUUAAUCACAGAAUGCAUGACAAUUUUAAUCGAACCGACAGUACCUCAACGUCAACAAAUCAAUUACAUCGUGCAGGACAGUGACUCAUUUACACUGUACAAACGGGAAGCAAAGCGAAAGAGAUCAAAAAUGCGCGUUUUCACUAAAGAAGAUAAAAUCGAACAGUCGUUGAGUAAAAUUAAUCAGCUUGGAAUCGAAAUAUCAUCACUGUCGCACGAUCAAAAUGGAAAUUAUGAAGAUUUCGAUUGGUCAUUGCCGUAUGAUGCUCUUCCCGAAGGUGGCAAUUUGCCGGAGAAUCGGCUGCAACGGAAGAAAGAGCAACUCUUCAGUUUGGCCUGGGAGAUAAUUGCGAUAGCCAAAGAAGGUGAUCGUAUCGUUGAUUUCUGCAGUGGUCAAGGCCACUUGGCCAUCAUUCUUGCAUACAAACUACCUCAGUGUAUCAUUUAUAUGCUAGACAACAAGGAGGAAAUGAUAUUGAGAGCUCGACAACGGGUGCAACGCUUGAAUUUGACCAACAUUCGAUUUAUUCAGUGCAAUUUGGAUUAUUUCAUCGGUGACUUUGACAUUGGCACGUCAUUGCAUGCCUGUGGCAUUGCUAGUGAUAUCGUUUUGAUGCAUUGCAAACAGAGAAACGCUAGUUUCGUCUGCUGUCCAUGUUGCUACGGAAAAGUAAUUGAAAUGCCACACAUUUCAUUUCCACGCAGCAAAUUCUAUCGAAGCAACAACAUCUCGCUGGAUGAAUACUUUUGCAUAGCACACUGUGCCGAUCAAGCACACGAUACGAAACGAGAACGGGUCAACAUUGAGAAAAGCAUACAAGGGCUAUAUUGCAUGGACAUCAUCGACACAGAUCGUAAACUGUAUAUGGAAGAACAUGGCUAUGAUACUAAACUAACCAGAUUACAUCCAGAAGAUUGCACGCAAAAAAAUCGACUUUUAGUUGGCGUCAAACAGAAGAAAUGAUUUUUUUUUACUACAAAUGAUUUGUAAUUGAAUUGAUAGAUGAAAAAAAAUGAAAUAAAAUCGAUUGAAAUAUUUAAUCUUUUGCUAACAAA